UUGUUUGAAAUUGUAGAUUAGUGACGACUCGCGCAUGCGCAUUCUUUCAUUUGUCUGGACAUGCGCAUUAGAACGCACGAUCUGUUUUCAGUGUAACCACUCCUUGUUAAGUGCUGUAGAUUUUUAUUUCUUCUGAUGGGUUUUAAAGAGUAUUCUGAUUAAUGUUGAUAACUAUUUUCAUCAAAGGAUUCAGACGUACGUACUUGGGCAUCGAGCCACGGCUGAAUAGCGGAUCGAGUCCUGGAAGCGGUGGCGAUGGCCAGGCGCAGAUCGUGGGCGCGGGUGUGAUCGGGCCGGCAAGUGCCGAAAAGAACUGCAAGAGCGUGCACCUGACCGCGAAGCAGCAGGCGAUAUGCUCCCGCUCGCCGCCAGUCUUGCAGGCAGUCAGCGCGGGCGCGAGAUUGGCUAUCGAAGAGUGUCAACAUCAGUUUCGCUCGGCCAGAUGGAACUGCUCCAUCAGCUCGGAAAAUCCAGACAACAUUUUCGGCGGCGUGAUGUUAGUCAAUAGUCGCGAAGCAGCGUUCGUUUACGCAAUAUCGGCAGCAGGGGUUGCUUACAGCGUCACCAGAGCCUGUUCCAGGGGCGAGCUCACCGAUUGCUCUUGCGACAACCGAGUCAGAACACGCCACCCGAAUAAUUGGCAAUGGGGCGGCUGCAGCGAGGACAUCCAUUUCGGAGAAAAGUUCUCGCGGGAGUGGUCCGACAGUGGCGAGGAGCCCGUGAAGGAGGGUGUGCUUCACGGACCAAAAGGGCUGGCUGGCCAGCUGAUGAGGAAGCACGAUAGCGAAGCUGGCAGGCGCGCGGUCCGCUCAAGAAUGCAACGUGUGUGCAAGUGUCAUGGUAUGUCCGGAUCGUGCAGCGUACGCGUAUGUUGGAGAAGACUUCCAGCAUUCAGGGUAGCUGGAGCAGCUUUAGCUGCGUUACACGAAGGCGCAGCGUUAGUACGAUUGGCACAACGUGGAGGAAGAAGACCAGCGAGAUUAAGGCCUGCUCGUCCGGAUCUCAAACGACCUAAUAAAACGGACCUAGUGUACCUUGAAGAUAGUCCUGACUACUGUGAGAAAAAUAUCACGCUCGGUAUCCCCGGGACAAGAGGAAGAAUAUGCAAUCGGACGUCCCUCGGUUUGGACGGAUGUCGGUUACUAUGCUGCGGCCGAGGCUACCAGACGAGAGUCCGGGACGUGACCGAGAAAUGCAACUGUCGAUUCGUCUGGUGUUGUCAUGUGAAAUGUGAGCUGUGUCGACACACACGGGAAGAGCACGUGUGCAAUUAGGCGGCGAACGAAAGAAAGAAGAGAU